AUGAGCUCUCUUACCUUUCUGGUUACAGAGCUUCAGGCAGCGGAGAAGUCGCUAGCCAUCCUACGCUCCUCGCCAGAGUAUGCAACCGCCGGACUCUCCCCGGAUAGCCCUCAUGCAGGCGAUCUCCUCCGACCCGUGUUUAUGGGCUGCGCAACCAAGAACGCCAAAGUCGUCGCCAUAUCCCUCGGUUCCCUCCAGCGACUCAUCGCUAUGAGAGCAGUCCCACUCUCCGCUGUGCCCGCAAUAAUUGAAACUAUGACGGACGCCAUGAGUCAAGGCGUAGACAUCCAGCUCCGUAUCCUUCAGACGCUUGUAUCCCUCAUCACCAACUACCCUUCCGUCCACGGCGUUCAGCUCGGUGAUGCGUUGCUCCUUUGCUUCAAACUGCAAGACUCGCGUAUCGCCGUCGUGUCCUCAACAGCCGCAGCCACCCUCCGUCAACUUGUCAUGUUCGUCGUCGACAAGAUGGUGACCGAAGAUCGACAAGAAGAGACACCCAACUCCCAGAUCGACACCGUCCUACCUGACGGCACGAUGCGUCUCCUGGGUCCCUACGCGCGAGACACGUACUCCGUCUUCGAGGACCUCUGCCUGCUCGCGAACUCGGAGCGUCCGCAUUUUCUCAAGCUCGACCAUCUCCACAAGACCUUCGCACUGGAAUUGAUUGAGAGUGUACUCACAAAUUACCAUGAUUUAUUCCGCAAGCGCUCAGAACUUCUACUUCUCCUCCAACACCUCCUCUGUCCCCUCCUUCUCAAAUCUCUCUCGGAUCGACACGUCUUCCCACUCACACUCCGGUGUACACGCGUCGUCUUCCUUCUCCUCAAGCAAUUCUCCCACGAACUGCAAACUGAGGCAGAGGUGUUUCUCAUGCUCCUCAUCCGCAUGGUUGGCGACGAGUCAGACGGGUCAGAUCAUCCGGCGCAGAGGCCAUGGGUACGCGUGCUUGCGAUGGAGGUUAUCCGAGGGCUGUGCAGCGACGCAGAGCUGAUACGGAACAUCUGGGACCGUUAUGACGCCCUGCAGCCACCACCGUCGCAAGAUCCGAAUACGCCAACGGCAAGCUCGGGCGCUUCAAAGGUGUUCGCGUCUCUCCUCACGACGCUCAAGCGCCUUGUCACCGAGAAGCCGGCCAUUUUGGGUGUCAGCUCGCAGAUGUUUGGCAUUGGCGUGUCCUCACACUCUUCCGAGAACGUCUCGACGUCAGGCUCGGGUGGGAUUUACGACGUGGGAGGCGGUAUAGCGGGGAUGGUCGCGAACGCGGCGAGCGCGACUGUCUCGGGUGUUGUGGGUAUGAUAGGAUCGGGCGGAGGGCUGGGUGUGCAGGGAGCGGCUAUGAAGUUGCAGUGUAUCGACCAGCUCGACAAAGCCGACGCCCCGCCAAUACCAGAGGCGUACAUCUACCUCCUCGGGGUACAGUGUAUCGUCGCGCUGUGCGAAGGCCUUGCGUCGUUCACUGGACCUCUGUAUACUGCUAUCAUGGUCCAGCGCCCACGGAGUGCCGGCGAGCCUAUUGUUCGCGCUCCUGGUGCGCUCGAUGUUGACGCACUCCCCGAAGAUGAGACUAUCAGCACCAACAACGGCGGUGGCAGUGGGAGCAACGCCAGUACCGGCAACGCACGCCAACUUCGCACUGUCAGGGCGAUUGUCGACAACGGCUGGCCGGCGCUGCUCGCCGCUCUGUCGUUCGUGAUCGUGACGAACCUCUCAGACGAACUCUUCGUCGACGUCCUCACAGCCUAUCAAGCGCUCAUCAAUGUGGCGGGCAUGCUCGGCCUCUCCACGCCACGUGAUGCUCUGUUCACGAGCUUAGCGAAAUUCGCAUUGCCUGCGAAGGUUGUCGCCAGCCUCGACUCGUAUUCUUCUGGUGCCGGAGGAGGAGGGAUAAGCGCUGGGGCAGAACCUACCACACCCCGAACGGCCACCAUUGCGGAUGGCUUCGGCUUCGGCUCAAGUCAGGCGCAUGCGCCGGGUCUGAGCGAGCGGAACCUCGUAUGUCUCAAGGCACUCGUCAGCAGCGCAAUGUUCCUCGCCGGCAGCUUGGGAGAGAGCUGGUACGCGAUCCUCGAGACCCUUCAGAACGCGGACUACGUCCUGCGCGCUCGGGCGGCAGGUCCCUCGACUCCGGGGCCACAAUCCAGGAGGGCGAGCUUGAUGCCGUCUACACCGUCCAAGGCGUCGAUGUCGCUUUCGCCGGGAGAAGGGCCGGGCCAGGGUCAAGGCCAAGCACGCCACCCCCUGUUGGCAGACGCGGAUGCCGAAGGCGUGCAAAAUGCGAUCACGCGGCUGUUCGAGGCGUCGAAGAAUCUUGAGGAUGGGGCGUUCCAUGAUUUUACGAAGGCGUUGUGCAAGCUGAGCGCGGAGAUGGUCGGGAUGCAGUCUGCGGCUUCCGCGGACAGCGCAGGGCUCGGGUCGGCGGGUGUUGAUGAGGAGGCGCUGAGCCCAGGUGGAACGCUGUCGCCGGAGAGCGCUUAUGCUCAUCGGAGAAGGGUUAGCGGGAUCCAUUUGCCGAAGACGUCUCGUUCGAGUGACUUUGGCCUCGAGCGCCUCGGGACGAUCGCCAUGCUGAACAUCCACCGGCUCAUCUACCGCUCUCCAGACAUCGCAUGGAACACGACGACAACGCAUUUGUUAUCCGUGCUCGGACAUAUGGGCGCACCCGAAGCGCUACGCCUGCAAGCCGCGCGCAUACUCGACGAGAUCCUCGUCGUCGUUCCACGCAAUAUUUCCUCCAACCGCGAGCUCCAGGCAGACGUGCAACAGCGUGUGCUGGCAGUGCUAGCGCAGCAGGUCAUCCUCCCCGCAAGCGGUGGAAACAGAGAAACCGGAGGAUUUGGAGGAUUCGUGGCCGGGAGUGGGACUGCCAAUGAGAUAAGGAAGAUGGGUCUCGAGACGCUCCAUCAGAUCUUGCAGGCAUCGGGACAUACCCUUGUCGUAGGCUGGGAGACCAUCUUCGAGAUGCUUGGGAGCGUCUGCAAACCUCCUACCACCGGGUUGGUCUCGUCAGCAUCGGCUGUCUCGCUGUCGAGGACACUUUCUGUGGACUCUGUCAUCACCUUGUCUUUACAUGCCGCAGAACCUUCAGCGGGUUCGUCAAGCGGACGCAAACCUCCACCGUCGCCGCUCGGUUAUACGAGCGAAAAAGCAUACAGCACCCUCGUCAAGAUCGCUUUCCAGUCUCUUAAGUUGGUCUGCGAUGCCAUCGCCCUGCUCUCCGCAGACCAUCUCCGGCUGUGUAUCUCCACGCUGGGCCAGUUUGGCAAGCAGGCGGACACCAACAUCGCGCUGACCGCCGCCGAAUCCCUGCUUUGGUCUGUCUCGGACUCGAUCCAGGCGAAGAGGAAAGACGCGGACAAGGAACGGGAGUAUAGCGCGAUAUGGAUGGACCUGCUCGUGGAGGUGCUCGGAUUGUGCUCGGACGCGCGAGCGGAGGUGCGGAACGGGUCGAUCCAGACGCUGUUCAGGGCCAUGCAGCUGUAUGGCGCCACGCUGGGCGACGAUACGUGGGACGAGUGCGUGUGGAAAAUCACGUUCCCGCUCCUUGACGCGCUCUCGAAUGAAACCCGGCGGGCCCUGGAGACCCAUGACGCCCCUGUGUCUCCUCCAACCCCUACGCUCGCGUCCGGUAUGGCAACGAUACCGGAGGAUGCCAGUAGUUCGGAUCGCGAGCGCGAGAAGGCGUGGGACGACUCGAAGGCGCUCGCGCUGCAGAGCAUCGGCGCGAUCAUGGCCGAGUUCCUCCCUGCGCAUCUCGUCAGACUUGGCUCGUUCGCUCGCGCGUGGCAGGUGUUCGUCCGGCAUGUGCAGGACACGGUCCUGCUUGACCGCCGAUCGCUCAGCGCGCCUGCGUUGUUGUGUCUUGAGCAGGCUGUCAAGGCUCUACCUCGCCCCUCACAAUCUUCUUCGGGCUCGGAGGGCUACCCGGAGGAAACGAGGAAGAAGGUCGCAGACGCGUGGCUUCAGGCCUGGGAGGCGUGCGACACAGUUGGCGGCGCGGUUUUGCAGGGUGGGAAGAUGCGGUCUGCGAAUGCACCGCUGGAGGAAGUGCUUCAAGCGUUCUCGCAGGAAAGUCUCGUCGCACUCGUUGAAGUGAUAAGGAGUACGCGGGUGGUGAGCAGGGCGCUGACGAGAGAGGAAUGGCCGUUGGAGCGGUUGACGAGGCUUAUGGAGAUUCUGAAGGGUGUCUUGACGUACCCGAACUCGCCGGAAUACAGACCGGACAUCGAUGGGCUUACCCCCUCCCAGAGCGUGGUCAUGAACACGAUCCAAGACGUCGACUUGUCCAGAUCGGGAUCGCCCUCGCUGGUCAUGCAUGAUCUCUCUGAGUUCUGCACACUGCCCUUCCUGGCUGCCUUCAGUAUUCAGGCCGAUCAUUCAUCCACAUCUUCGAAGGCGUCGCGACGUCAGAUGACUUACAUUGGGCUCGCGAAGAAGGUCAUGCCAUACCUGGUGGAGCUAUUCGUCAGGUUCAAAGAUGACGUCGAAGUGUAUUCAGAUGGGACCGUGGAGGCAAUAUUGUCGGCCUACUCGAUUCCCAUCAAGCUCAAGUAUGAAUGCCCUGCCCCGUCGAAGUUCGGCAAAGAUCCACCGCUGUGGAAGACUGCCACGACGUGUUUCCUGCGCAUUGUCACAGAGGCUGCCCGACGGCUUUCUGGAUUCGGCGACAAUUUGCCGCCGGAACGCAUUGAAGCGAUAUGGAGGCAAAUGAUCGACAUUUUCCGAGGGGGAAUAUUGGCUGACUGUUCUGUGGCGGAGACCUUUUCACUCGAAACUCAGGAGACUGAAGAGAACUUUGACCUCUCUCUCAUCAGCUCCCUCGAGAUCGACAUCGUACCUCACCUCGGCGAUGCGAAGGUGCCGGACUCCGUUAUCACACAACUUGCCAAAGUCCUCCACCAAGGCAGUCAACUGUACAAGGACGCAUCGCUGGAAGAACGUUUAUCCCUCCCGGACUCGCCUAUGCACGAGAGAUUGAAUAGGUCAAGGAACGCUAUUGGUGCCGCGUCUUCUUCCUCGAGUCCGGACUCGCACGAGUUUGAGAAAGUCGAUCUAGACGGCUUCGGUAGCACCGCGUUUGGCGCGCUCGUCCCGCGGGAGAGGUUUUCGUUCUGGUGUUUCGAUCUGUUAUUCCUGAUCUGCUCCGACGUCACGACCGAACCCGGCGCUUCUCGAAAGAGGGUAGCGGCACUUUGUCUGCCGUCCCUGCUCGACAGGUGCAAAUCCACGAUGGUCGGAUAUGUUGCGGACGAGGCGCUACGCGGUAACCUGCCCUUCCCUAGGGCUCGCGAGGACGAACUUCUUUACGUUCUUCGCAAACUAUUAGAGACGAGACUUUGGCCUGGGACCCUGUGGGCCGCUCUAUCGGACUCUCCAACCGAGAACAGUGCCUCUCAACCGGGUGUGGAUGCUUCUCUUCCACCCUCGGCUCUUGUUGCCGACGUCGUGCGUCGGUCGGCGGUUGCUCACCUGUUCUACUUCUACCCGGUCCUUUGCGAGAUCGCAUCGAUCCCGAGGAAGACGCCAUCGACCUGGGUGUCGUUAUCGUCAAGGAAUGUUCCGCAAAUGUCGGCGACAACCAAUGUGACACGGAUAGGCGACCAUAGCAGCCCAAGUGAUGAUGAUGCCAUCAGUGAAGUCGAUGCCCGAAUCCUUGCGAAGCAGUGCUUGAAGGUGCUCGGAAAAGAGAUGGGUACAGGUUGAUGGAUUUGGGGACGACAGCAACGACUCCGGGAGGGUGUAUCUUCGAUGAUUCUAAGUACAUAUCGCUUAUUUCCUCUGCAUAAUUACCUACAUAUGUUACAUGUCAUACACUGUCACUAAUUUAUGCUUGAAUGAAAUCAGAGUCACUAAUUGCCCGCAGCAGCGCUGGGUGGUGUUGGCACCUCCUGCCCGAUAUCACUGUCCUUUGCCCCGAGAACUUCCAUCAGCUCUUUCUUGUUGAACAUGUGAGCCGCUUCGAUCGCUGUUGGCUUGCCGAGUCUGGGAUUUGCCCCUGCCUUCAUUAAAGUACGGACGAUCUCAUCGUGCCCUUUGAAGACAGCACCGGCGACGAUAGAUUGGCCCAUAUCAUUCAAUCUGUCAGGAUCGGCUUUACGAGCAAGUAGCCCGUCGACAAGCUCGUUAUGUCCGGCAUACGCAGCAAGCAUCAGCAGGGUAUUGCCUGGAUAAAACAGGGCCAGGGAUAUCGGCGGAUCAGAGAUCAAGGACGAGAGUCGUGGGUGCAGGAGUGUCGGAUAGCCACAAGGGUAAGCGAGACAGGUCUGCUGAUACAAGCAUGCGCACCUUUAUCGUUCGUCAUGUUGACGGGGAGGCCCGCGUCGACGGCCCGUAGCAACAACUCCGAAUCGCCGUUACGCGCUGCAUCGAACACGCGAUGAGCGAACUCGAGCGUCUCAGGGGGUAAAGACGAGACCGAUGUGGUCCCUUGAGAUGGUGUAUCGCUAGCCUGAUUGACC